CCGCUGAUGACCGCGCCGCGAUUCGUUCCCCGCUCCGCCCGGCAGCAGCAGGGAGACUCCGAGAGCAGCACGCGGCUGGUGAAGCUCACGUCCUGGAGGCAACCACGGGUUCCACGGGGAGGUGGAGACAAGGAAGAGCGACGUCGCUGUCGCGUCCAAAGCAGUGCCGUCCCGUGACGGCCCGCUCCGCCUGGCGUGAGGUGCCCUUCCUUCGGAGCGCAUGGCCAGCGAUGGGGGGGCCCCGCGCGCAUCAGCUGCUGCUUCUCGCCACGCUGUGCUGCCUCGCCCAGCUGGCGAGCCCCAAGAUACUCGAGGACACGUACGAGCGCUGGAAUGGCUACCGCAAAGACUGUUACCAGCAGCAGGAGCUGCAGCCCCUGCCCAUGGGUGUCUACUGCAACCGCACGUUUGACCGCUACGCGUGCUGGCCGGACGCGCUGCCCGACUCGGUGGUGAACGUGUCGUGCCCCUGGUACGUGCCCUGGCACGACAAAGUCCGCCAUGGCCUCGCGUACAGGCGCUGUGGCCCCGAUGGGCAGUGGGAGACGGACAGCGACGGGCAACCGUGGCGCGACCUCAGCCAGUGCGCGGACCCUCCCGUCGGGGAGCAGUCCGGUCAGUCUCAGAUCCUGAGUGGCUACAAGACGAUGUACACCGUGGGCUACUCGCUGUCCCUGGCUGUCCUCACUAUCGCGCUGGCCGUGCUGCUGUCCUUCAGGAGGCUUCACUGCACCCGCAACUCGAUCCACGCGAACCUCUUCGCCUCCUUCAUGCUGAGAGCGGCGUCCAUCCUGGUGCGCGACGCUCUGCUGGAGACGCGCUGGGAUAUGCCCCUUGGCGAGUCCAUGGACUGGGGCACCCUGAUCAGCGACGAGGCGGCGGCAGGCUGCCGUACGGCGCAGGUGCUCACGCAGUACUGCAUCGUCGCCAACUACUACUGGCUGCUGGUGGAGGGCGUGUACCUGCACACGCUGCUCGUGGUGCCUGUCUUCUCCGAGGAGACCUACUUCAAGGUGUACCUCGCCGUCGGCUGGGGAACCCCCGUGCUGUUCGUGGCUCCCUGGGUGGUGUUGAAAUAUUUGAAGGAAAAUACAGAGUGCUGGGGGCACAAUGAGAACAUGGGCUACUGGUGGAUCAUCCGCACGCCCAUACACCUCGCCAUUCUGAUCAACUUCAUCAUGUUCAUAAGAAUACUCAAAAUUAUCACCUCCAAGCUCAGAGCUCACCAGAUGGGCUACACAGACUUCAAAUUCAGGUUGGCCAAGUCGACGCUGACGCUGAUUCCGCUGCUGGGAAUCCACGAGAUUGUGUUCACCUUCAUCACGGACGAGCACGCCCAUGAUGCGCUGCGCCACGUCAAGCUCUUCUUCGCUCUUUUCUUCAAUUCUUUCCAGGGUCUUUUUGUGGCAAUCCUCUACUGCUUUGUCACCAGAGAAGUCCAAGCUGAGGUCCGCAAGCAGUGGAAGCGCUGGCGGCUGGGCAAGGAGCUCGAGAGCAGACUCAACUACAUCCAGGUGUCGAACCUGAAGGCGUCGCGGGACGAGGCCGAGCAGCGCAACGGCCACAGCAUGGCCUCCACGGGGCUGCAGGAGACCCAGGACCUGCCGAGCCACGAGGAGGCCCUCCGGCCCAACAGCCUGUGCGAUGCGCCGCUCCCAACGCCAGACACCGCUUCUCUUAAAUCUCUGCGGGCAGAAGCCCCUUUAGAGCAGCAGCAGCCGCAGCAGCAGCAGCAGCAGGAUGAUCACUCGUGCGGCACCAGCUGCACGCCUGUCGUGACUUUUGUCGGCGACGCCAGCAGCAGUGUGUGGACGGUUUGAUGGCGUCGACUCGGGGUCUUCUCGAGUUUUCGCCACUCACGUUUGCUGGGGGUGGUGCUGGAGAAGCUUUGAGGAGCUGUGUCCGUGCGGGGUGGCGAUGGCGAGUUGGGUCACAGCAGCGAGCGCGUGUCCCAAGCAUCCUUAGCGGCUGGCGUCUCGUCUCCUGCUUGAUUUGUGAGACGCGAUUGCGCGCUGUCGCAGACCUCUUCAAAACAUGCCAACCGCCACCGAGGAGGACAAUGGGACACUUUGUGACAGCCGACUGCGGAGAGCCGGACCUUGCACUCAGCGACCAUCUCCACCGGUGAAGCCUGCGGCUAAAUACAGAGUCCUCCUGUCACCCCGGCAAGCCUACCCCGAACGAUCCGUUUUUUGGGGAGUGACAAACUCGCCUGGAAUCUGUCCGAUCUCUGUUGGAUCUCAGUAUGUAAGCAGGGUUGAGCCUUGGACAAGUGCUUCGACGGGCGACCAACACCGUACAUUAACCAGUUGUUGUAGGCUGCAACUGCGAUCUGUUGUCGGCAGAGGGCAUUGCGGCAAAUGCCAGUGUUGCACUCUACCAUGCUCCACAACACCUUCGCUAACUUGCACUGACCAGCAUGACGAAGUAUGGUCAAAUGACCCGCAUGGCAUGGGGAGGCCCUGAUCCAGCAGUGGAUUGACCAAUAAAGGAUAUACAUGCGUGCACACGUGGCUGGUUUAACAACAGCUCACGUGUUCAGGAGCUUCACGUGUCAGCGCCGCUGGUGUAGCGCACAUUCAUGUAGUGACCGUGCAAGAUGAUGGGUUGAGGAUGGGGUAGGGGGUGGAAAUGAUGGUUUCGACUGGAAGCCGUUGCACGAGUUGGCAGUAAAAGCCAGAUUAAUAAUCCUGUGAGAACGCACGUGUAUUGCGUUGGGUUAUCAUAAAUCAAGACGCAGCAUGGUCACAUUCCUUAAUGGAAGGAGUUUCCUUUUUUUAAGUCUGCAAAAGGGGCCAUACGGAGGUGUGAGUAUGCCCUUGAACUGCAUUGAUAUGGCGUACACACAGGACCGACCAGAGUGGCGGACAAAACGGGAAAAUGUGCCCCUGGCCUCGCACAAAAGAGGGCCCCACAACCAUGUUGUCACUAAUAAGGGGGGCCCACGUAACAUUCUACUCUGGGCCCUUAGCCCUGGGUCUCCAGGAAUCUUAGGUCGUCCCUACGGUCCUACAGGGGCGCAGUGUGGUUGGCAUGGGCUCUAGUAAAUCAAAUUAAACGUGGGCCUUGUCCAAUUGACUUCCUCUCCCGUAGCCUGGCGCCUGUCCCCUCUAGUCCCGUGGCCACGGGCACCGGUGCAGUUAAACUGCCUGCAUACUCGAUAGCUAUGCUACUGUGUACAUGGCGCAUACGCACAUGGGGAUAUUGAGUGUAAGCCUGCCUGCCGUGCAGGGAGCAAGCAGGGCACGUCACAUGGCGUCUGCAAGGCGUGUGACGAUGCAUUGUUAUUUCAUGAAUCGCAAUCGAUGCACUACGCUCACGAUACACACACGGUUCGGGUAGUAUGUGCAUCGAUGUAUGAACCUGUUCAGUAAGUUACGCACAAACGACGUGUAAUGUUACAGUGAGGUUAAGAGAAUGAACAAAACAGUUGAAAAGAGACGGAAAAAAACACGAGAUGGUAGAAUUAUGACACGCGAAAAGACUCAGUUCCUGAUAGCGCUAUUAAGAUCAGUUACUGAAGAAGAAGCUCCCAACACGUGGUCCAAAACGUCGGACAUCGUGUCAAACCAAAAACACAUUAGAUUGCUAUAUACAGCAUAAAUGUUAAAACCAACGCAGUAGUAUCGUUCAAAGCAGUCAUUCUCAACUUGGUUCACAUGCCCGCAGCACCACACUUGUUUAAUUUUGUGCAUUUGCGUUUUGUUCCUCCUGCACAAUAUCCAUGGCGGAGUCUGCACAGCCCCUGAAAUGUUUUUUGCACCCCCCAAGUGCGAUUGACAUUGGCUGUGUCAUGCUCCAUCCCAUUGAGCAUGCCUCUGCUUUAAACACGGUCAAGCUACGGAGCUAUGUUCAGUGGCAUGAGGACAGAAAAUUUUAAUAAAAUCCGGCAGCCAGUGAUUGUAGUACGAUCAGAAAUUUCGUCAAUACAUAAAUAAUUCAACACAUAAAUAAUUCAAAUGAAAUGGUCCAAGGGAGAUAGCAAUGCUGUGGGUGUGGCAACGGUUGCUCGGAAUGAUGUUAUCACUUCCACUUCACCAGCCAAUCAGCUAUCAGGAAUACAAUCCUAAUAGCUGUCACGUGGCGGCCACAACAUCAGUGAUCUGUGCUUCAGCCUGUCUAUAGCUCUAAUGAAUGUUUUUUAUUUAGUUUUAAUGUUGAUUUAAUUCAUCACUAAUGUUAAAACGUACGUCAUUAGUAUUAUCAUUGUAAAUGUUUUACACGUUACGAAUUAUCGGUGGACAUUUUUUGACUUAAAACUUUCGUGACUCUAGAUUUGAAGUUUUCGUGACUGCAAGGAUUCAUUCUCUUUGGUUUUUUCGGUAAAGUCACUUAGGUAAAAAAUUAAAAUAAAUUAAAUCACGACGUUUCGGGUGCAACACAAGCGUCCUUCUUCAGGUGGGGACAACUUAGCGAAAGCACACCGUCCUCCUGAUGACGAUCGCUUGUGUUGUGAUCGAAACGUCGUAGAUUUCAAUUUUAUUUUAUUUACUUUAAAAUGUUCUAUCUACGUGACUUUUCCGAAAGAACCAAAGAAUAUAUCGGUUGACAAUUUUCGUUACUUUGACAAUUGACUUACGAGUGGUUCUUGACCACCCUUCAAGUUUUCUCCUGACUAACACGAUGGUUUUCUGAACUCCCGUAUGAAAUCAGAGCAACGCAAAUCUCUGCCUGGGUAAUUUCUCGACUUGCACAAGUCGCUCUCCUCUGCGGCCGCAGUUGUCAGCUGCCAUUUGAACAGGCGAAGGUGGACACCAGGUAAAUGACGACCGCUUGUGCUAAAGCACAGGUGAAAUAAGCCACCUGUUCAGCCAGCUCGGAAGCUGUACAAGAGUUGAUGUGUGUAUAAUAACUUUAAUUAUAUUCAGUAGAAGCUGGAUAUAAAGCACACCCUUUGGAAGCAAGUCCAUUAUUGUUAAAUUUCUGUUUGACUCAUCGCUGUAUUUUAUUUUAUUGUUUUCCUUUUUAUCAUUUUGGUGACCCCAGUGACUCUCGCAAAUGAGACUCAUCCUGGUUUCUUGAGUUAUCACCACCUGGUUAAACAAAAUAAACUUGCUUUUAUCCGAAGUUUGCUCAUAACAGAAGUUUCCCUUAGCCUUCCCCCACCAGUAUAUGCACUUGUUGCUUAUAUCAGGCCUGUGCUUAUGAGGUGUGCUUAUAUCCAACUUCCACUGUAGUAUAUAGUAAUAUGAAGUAUAUAGUGUAUGCCGUAUAUAUAUAAAAUGCCUUUAUGUACAAUUAUAUGGUUAAACAAAUCCCAUAUGUUUAAAGUCCCAUUUGGACACGAAACCCCAUACCAGAACAGUAAUUAAUAUAUUGUGUUUAUAGUUGAUACGUUGUGUUUAUAUAAGGUAUACAUAUCAUUGUGUUCACCUGUUACAAGGCAGAUUCAGAGGUAUCGAUGUGUUAUUGCCUGCAUGCUCUAUUUGUGAUAACUCAUUUCAGGUGUGCGAGGAAGCCCUGGGGAAGGACUCACCCUCAUUUGAAAUGUGUUUUUGCUUAUUUAUCCAAAUAGUAUUUUAUACGUUUGUGAUAUUGGCGUCAAGUCGUGUGAUAAAAAAGUGCAUUUUGAACUCUCGGGAAGCAGCGAACCACCUCGUGUCAGAGAAGAGGCCCUGAAAUAUUAAAUUGCAAAGCGACUUUAAGUCCCAUAGAGAGGGCCACCUAAUCCACACCAUCAGUGCGCCUUGUGUAUCGGUCCUGCAAGCAGUUAUCAUUGCAUCGCGAUAACACCAAACUAUUUAAUUCUGAGCUGGAACAAGCUUAAUUAAUUCUAGAUUUGAAGCUUUCGUGACUGCAAGGAUUCAUACUCUUUGUUUUUUUCGGUAAAGUCAAGUAGGUAAAAAAUAAAAUAAAUUAAAACUAAAUUAAAUAACGACGUUUCGGGCGCAACACAAGCGUCCGUCAUCAGGUGGGAAAGCAUGGUCUGCUGCUGAUGCAGACUGUUUUAAAGGUUUGAAAUGGGUGUAGCCCAAGGGUUAUAAAGGAGUGGCUGUGUCUAGUGAUGUUAAUGUGAGAAAUUAGCAUGUAACUGGGUACGGAAGUGGCUAUGUUGAUGUAAUGUAAAAGCUUAAUUAAGUGAUACAAACUAUACUUACGGAUUUUGUUUCGUACAGUCAUAGACAGCUGUUCUGCGACCAUCAACUCGCAACACUUAAUUACUCCAGUUCCAUCACGGAUAGCUGACCAUAUACAACAACGUCGAGGAUCUUAGCCAGCAGUGCUGGCUCACUGCUCUGACACACGAUUACCCCCCUGGGCAAACACAGCCGUGUCUGUCCUGACUCUCCAUUUGCCUGGAUUUUGGCAAACUCGCACACACAGGGGAGGAAGAGUUUGAUGAAUAGACCUGGCCUUGGGUCAUAUCCAUGAUAAUGGGGAACACUCUUCCAGUAUUUAUCCUACAGCAGGGGCGCAAAGCUAUGUUUUAUUUACUGAAGGCGAAAUCAUCACAAUCAUCAUCAGUCAUGUACAAUCCACUGUUGGAUGAAGGCCUCCCCCAAGCUGCCACCAUCUCUCACCGUCCUGCGAUGUAGCUAAUGUUAUCGCUCCGUCUCCUCUGUGAAUGUCCGCUCGGACGCGUUCCAUUGCUUGGGUGAAUAGACUUUCAAGUACCGUUUGCGGGCCAUACAUUAGCGUGCACUUUAGCGUUGCUCAAUAAGGGCAUAAACAAAACAAAAAAACCGCGCGGGUCGACCAAGCGUGAAGAGGCGCGUGCAGUCACAGAAUUGGCUAAGCCUGUCCACAAAUUAAAAGAUGGUUUCUCCUGCUCGAAAAUAUUCCCCUUUCAGUAUCUGAUUCAAAAAUUCAAAAGCUCAUCGUGGCUGGCAAAUGCUAUUGACGCUCUCACCACCACAGCUCACCAAUUCUCUCUACCCUCGGCCAGAUCCCCGCAAGCUGCUGCGCGGUAGACACAGGAGACACGCAGCGACAACCAAGGUCUGCCACAAUGGUAUCCCACAAUCUGCUCUCAAGGUCUGAACCUUUGUCGUCGGACUCACGGAAAACUUUACAAUUGGCGUGAAAAUAUGGUUGGUGCGGCAAAGACUCCUGCAGUGAUGGAGAGAUUUCGGGUUUUUUGUUGUUGCCGUUUUGAUGUGGUUCGGCUCGUGUGACCCGAGGUCGUAUUCGAGGAAGUUGUGAGUUGAAUCCGGCCAAUGGGGCCGUCCGUUCCCCAUUCCUGUCAUACGGUCCAGUAAGUCGUGUAAUGUGGCGGUUACCGUCGUUUGCCUUCAGUCAAAACAGCGUGGAGUUGUGAUUAAUAAGAUCUGAAGAUAACGUUUAUAAGAAAACUUCAUUUUGAGCAUUCAUAACUCAAAGCAGGCACCUACUAUAAUAUAUAUUUGUUGUGUUCUAACAUGCGUCUGUUUCCCAUGUGUAUCAUGAGAAAAACAAGUUUUGCUAGCUGGCUGUCUUCCUGGUUGACUGGCCAGGGUAAAGAGGAGGAGGGGGGGCGUGGGUUGGGGAGUGGUGGGGGUGACGGUGGGGUGUGGCCACUGGGGGUUCGCGCUACGCUGCGCUACAAAAACAGCGAUCCGAGUUCGAUUCCCACUCACGACCAACACCGGUGACAAUUACCUGAAACGGUCAUGGGCCUCCCCUAGGUCGACUCGGUUUCAAAUGAGUACCUAGUGCAACUAGGGAGACAAAGGCGGCCGAGCGUGUGCCGUGCCGGCCUUCAUAGGUGCUCGCUAAUAACACCUGCCCCAACAUUCUGUUAAAGGUCUUUGUCUUUGGGGUUGGCACGUGUGAGAGGGGAGCGAUCAAGGGUGGGAAGCAGGUGGUGACAUUGGGGGGCGGAGGAGAAUCAUCGUUCAACGAUGGCUACUUUGUAUGUACGGUGUUAAAACAAAAACAAGUGUUGAUGGAGGACAGAUGGUCAUGUCGUGCAGGCUACUCGUUUUUUAAUGGAAUGUAUUUCUGCAAGAUGAUACAUCCACAGAUUAAGUUUUGCAGCUUGCCCAGAUUAUAAUUAUUAGUGUGCUGUCAAUAUUCACAGCAGCUAUAGCAACUUCCCAGUUGAUAGUGAAUAAUGGUGGAUCGUAGGGGGUUGUGGGCCCUGCUGCAAGCAAUUAAAUGGGGUCACCGCCUGCCCAAUUUAGCCCCCCCCCCGCCUCAUCACCCACUUAUUAACCCAGCGUAGUUGCACUGUCUGCACAUUUUAUAGCUACGCCCAGGGCUUCAUUUAUCAUGGGGCCCCUCCCUCCUCUCCCCCCCCUCCCCUCCCUCCCCAAUCUCCAACAGCCAGCGUAAAUAUUUUCCUUAGCUCAGCCCUUAACAGGGAGAUCCUUAAAUUUUGAUUUAAAGCUUUCGUGACUGCAGGGAUUCAUAUUAUUGGUUCUUUCGGUAAAGUCACGUAGAAGGGAAAUAAUACAAUAAUAAUUAUUAUUCGGUAAAGUCACGUAGACGGGAAGUAAUAAAUGUUAGUUAUUUAUUUAUUUUAUUAUUUUUCUUCUACGUGACUUUACCGAAAGAACCAAGAAUAGGGAGAUCCUUGCCACGCCACUGGGAGUGAUGACGCUCUUCACGAUCGUGUACCAGGGCGGGCAGUUGUUUCGGUCAUAUCUACAUUCCACUUUCUUGACACGUUUUCUUGAGUGUUACAAAUGUUUACUUGAGUAUAUGAAUUCCCACAACAACAACAACAACACGAUAUGUGUGUUGUGUCCAGCACUUUUGGUUUGCCAAUUGCCUUUGUGUUCUCCGAGGAGACCUGAUUGUGUUGUACUGGUAUCCUUUCAAUUGUUGCUG